AUGGCUAUAACCUCAAGACUAAUCGUGAUAAUCUUCAUGCUUACAGCUUCCUUCUUGGUUUCCUCUGCGGAAAACUGCUCAACCUAUAAAUUUCCAGGCAACCAAGUUUUCAAUUCUUGCAUUGAUCUUCCAGUCCUGCAGGCCCAUCUGCACUGGAAUUACAUCCCACUGACAAAAAGCAUUCAGAUUGCUUACAGAGCAAGCCAGUCAAUAACCGGGUGGAUUGCAUGGGGAAUCAAUCCAACUGGACUAGGCAUGGUUGGAACACAAGCUCUUGUUGCUUUUCGGAGUUCCAAUGGAAGUAUGGAGGCUCAUACAACACCGAUAACCAGUUACAUGCCCUUGAUGCAACCCAGAAAUCUGAGCUUUCCCGUUUCCAACAUCUCUGCAGAAUAUGCCAAUCAAGAGAUGAUUAUCUUUGCUAUGUUGGGACCACUAAGAAAUAGAACUGCCUUCAAUCAUACCUGGCAAGCGGGUCACUCAGUUUCAAGCAAUAAUAUUCCUCAGAUUCAUUCAACAGAAGGGCCAAAUGUCGAAUCAGUGGGGACAGUCAAUUUUCAUUUAUGA